AUGUCGACAUUUGGAUCAUCAGGAACUGCUCCGGCUUCCUCAAUCGCUCCGAACGACUGCAACGUCGCGCAGGCUGGAGACGAUGGUGUUUCCUCUUUGAUUUGGAGUCCUACACAAAAUAUCCUGGCGUCGACAAACUGGGACUCUGGUAUUCGAGUCUGGGAGGUGGCCGAGCAGAAUGGUCAGGUCCAGGCAAACCCCAAAGCCAAAGCCAACCAUGAGAACCAAGCUCCUGCUCUAGCAUCUUGUUUCACGCCCGAUGGCAGCAAAAUAAUUUCUGGAGGUUGCGACAAGGCAGUGCGUAUGUGGCAACUGGGUCAAAACUUGCCAGCCAACGGUUCGCCACAGCAAAUUGGAGUUCAUGACGCUCCUGUCAGUUGUUUGGGUUAUCUGCCGUCAACCAACAUUGUGGUGAGCGGCGGCUGGGAUCGGAAAUUGAAGUUCUGGGAUAUGCGCUCUCCAAAUCCUGUAGGAGCAUUGGACAUGCCAGAACGAGUCUAUGAUCUUGAUGUGCGAGGAAAUCUCAUGGUGGUUGCCACAGCUGGUCGACAAAUUGUGUCCUAUGAUGUGUCCGGGGAACCACGUGAAUACUCGCGGAAAGAAUCUCCUCUCAAGUAUCAAUCGCGAUGCAUUUCAUGCUUCACUGACACCACUGGAUUUGCUGUGGGCAGCAUUGAGGGCCGUGUGGGCAUUCAUUAUCUCCAGAAAGUGGCGGGAAAGGACAGCUUUGCCUUCAAAUGCCAUCGUCAGGAAAGCCAAGUGUACAGCGUCAAUGCAAUCUGCUUUCACAGCCACUUUGGAACAUUUGCUACUGUGGGAUCUGAUGGUGUCGUGAACUUUUGGGAUAAGGACAACAAACAGAGAUUGAAGGGUUUCAACGCAAUCCAGCGUCCAAUUCCUUGUGCCAACUUCAAUGCUCAAGGAAACUUGUUUGCCUAUGCCAGUAGCUACGAUUGGAGUAAAGGGAGCCAGUCCCAUGUGCCGGGCAGCCCAAAUGAAAUCUUCGUUCAUUACACUGCAGAAGAAGAGAUCAAACCGAAGGGAAAGAAAUCAGGUGGUACUCGCCGCUAG